AUGCCAGUUCUCAACACUAGAGGUCAGUUGGAGACCGGGACCGCAGUGUGCCAUGCCAGUGAGUCUUUUAGUAUCUUUAUCAGUGGAGGCUGCUGAGGGGAGGACGGCUCAUAACAAUGGCUGGAACGGAGCGAAUGGAAUGGCAUCAAACACAUUUGACACCAUUCUACUCAGUCAGCUCCACCCAUUACCAUGAGCCUGUCCUCCCCAAUUAAGGAGCCACCAACCUCCUGUGAUCUUUAUGCACUACUGUCUGCAGGGUAGGAGGGGGGACAAGGCAAAGCCAAUGUGCAUCCCAAAUGGCACCCUAUUCCCUAUAUAGUGCACUACUUUUCAUAGGUCUUUGGUAAAAAGUAGUGCAGUAUAUAUAGCGAAUAGGGUGCCUUUUGUGACUCAUCCAGUAGAGGGACAAGGAAAAGGACAAGGACAAGGACAAGGACAAGGACAAGGCAGGAUAAUGUGUAGUAAAUACAGUGUCCUUGCUUUAGAAAAUAAACUUAAAGGACCCUGGUUUUUAUCAACCUUUUAGAGCUCAUCGAAAUAGAAUCUAUAGAAAGAUUAAUCAUUGACAUUAAUGUGGAGGCCCAUUCUAUAGAUUAUAUUUCUAUGGCAGAGCUCCCAAGGCCAGGGUGGUAUCCCAUCAGACCAGGGUGGUAUCCUAUCAGGCCAGGGUGGUAUCCCAUCAGACCAGGGUGAUAUCCUAUCAGACCAGGGUGAUAUCCUAUCAGACCAGGGUGGUAUCCUGUCAGACCAGGGUGGUAUCCCAUCAGACCAGGGUGGUAUCCUAUCAGACCAGGGUGGUAUCCUAUCAGACCAGGGUGGUAUCCUAUCAGACCAGGGUGGUAUCCCAUCAGACGAGGGUGGUAUCCUAUCAGACCAGGGUGAUAUCCUAUCAGACCAGGGUGGUAUCCUAUCAGACCAGGGUGAUAUCCUAUCAGACCAGGGUGGUAUCCCAUCAGACCAGGGUGGUAUCAUAUCAGACCAGGGUGGUAUCCCAUCAGACCAGGGUGGUAUCCUAUCAGGCCAGGGUGGUAUCCCAUCAGACCAGGGUGGUAUCCUAUCAGACCAGGGUGGUAUCCCAUCAGACCAGGGUGGUAUCCUAUCAGACCAGGGUGGUAUCCCAUCAGACCAGGGUGGUAUCCUAUCUGACCAGGGUGGUAUCCUAUCAGACCAGGGUGGUAUCCCAUCAGGCCAGGGUGGUAUCCCAUCAGACCAGGGUGGUAUCCUAUCAGACCAGGGUGGUAUCCUAUCAGACCAGGGUGGUAUCCUAUCAGACCAGGGUGGUAUCCUAUCAGGCCAGGGUGGUAUCCUAUCAGGCCAGGGUGGUAUCCUAUCAGACCAGGGUGAUAUCCUAUCAGACCAGGGUGGUAUCCUAUCAGACAAGGGUGGUAUCAUAUCAGACCAGGGUGGUAUCCUAUCAGGCCAGGGUGAUAUCCUAUCAGACCAGGGUGGUAUCCUAUCAGACCAGGGUGAUAUCCUAUCAGACCAGGGUGGUAUCCCAUCAGACCAGGGUGGUAUCAUAUCAGACCAGGGUGGUAUCCUAUCAGACCAGGGUGGUAUCCUAUCAGGCCAGGGUGGUAUCCUAUCAGACCAGGGUGGUAUCCCAUCAGACCAGGGUGGUAUCCUAUCAGACCAGGGUGGUAUCCUAUCAGGCCAGGGUGGUAUCCUAUCAGGCCAGGGUGGUAUCCUAUCAGACCAGGGUGGUAUCCUAUCAGACCAGGGUGAUAUCCUAUCAGACCAGGGUGUUAUCCUAUCAGGCCAGGGUGGUAUCCUAUCAGACAAGGGUGGUAUCCUAUGGCCAGGGUGGUAUCCUAUCAGACCAGGGUGGUGUCCUAUUAGGCCAGGGUGGUAUCCUAUCAGGCCAGGGUGGUAUCCCAUCAGACCAGGGCCAGGGUGGUAUCCUAUCAGACCAGGGUGGUAUCCUAUCAGACCAGGGUGGUAUCCUAUCAGGCCAGGGUGGUAUCCUAUCAGGCCAGGGUGAUAUCCUAUCAGACCAGGGUGGUAUCCCAUCAGACCAGGGCCAGGGUGGUAUCCUAUCAGACCAGGGUGGUAUCCUAUCAGACCAGGGUGGUAUCCUAUCAGGCCAGGGUGGUAUCCUAUCAGGCCAGGGUGGUAUCCUAUCAGACCAGGGUGGUAUCCUAUCAGACCAGGGUGGUAUCCUAUCAGGCCAGGGUGGUAUCCCAUCAGACCAGGGUGGUAUCCCAUCAGACCAGGGCCAGGGUGGUAUCCUAUCAGAACAGGGUGGUAUCCUAUCAGACCAGGGUGGUAUCCUAUCAGACCAGGGUGGUAUCCUAUCAGACAAGGGUGGUAUCCUAUCAGACCAGGGUGUUAUCCUAUCAGGCCAGGGUGGUAUCCUAUCAGACAAGGGUGGUAUCAUAUCAGACCAGGGUGGUAUCCUAUCAGACCAGGGUGGUAUCCUAUCAGGCCAGGGUGGUAUCCUAUCAGGCCAGGGUGGUAUCCUAUCAGACCAGGGUGGUAUCCUAUCAGGCCAGGGUGGUAUCAUAUCAGACCAGGGUGGUAUCCCAUCAGACCAGGGCCAGGGUGGUAUCCUAUCAGAACAAGGUGGUAUCCUAUCAGACCAGGGUGGUAUCCUAUCAGAACAGGGUGGUAUCCUAUCAGACCAGGGUGGUGUCCUAUCAGACCAGGGUGGUGUCCUAUCAGGCCAGGGUGGUAUCCUAUCAGACCAGGGUGAUAUCCUAUCAGACCAGGGUGGUAUCCCAUCAGACCAGGGUGGUAUCCUAUCAGGCCAGGGUGGUAUCCUAUCAGACCAGGGUGGUAUCCUAUCAGACCAGGGUGGUAUCCUAUCAGACCAGGGUGGUAUCCUAUCAGACCAGGGUGGUAUCCCAUCAGACCAGGGUGGUGUCCUAUCAGACCAGGGUGGUAUCCUAUCAGAACAAGGUGGAAUCCUAUCAGACCAGGGUGGUAUCCUAUCAGAACAGGGUGGUAUCCUAUCAGACCAGGGUGGUAUCCUAUCAGACCAGGGUGGUAUUCAGUAG